UUCGCUUUUAUUCUGAAAGGUGCGGCCCGGAAGUAGUCUAAAGGCAGAUUCACAUGCUUCCUAGGGAGUUUGUUUUUAUACCUCGAAGCUGAUGUAAACUUAUAACAAUGAACAGCUGUAGGAGAAUAACAUGCAGUGACUGGAGGUCCGGCCUGAGUGUCGUCUUUUCUCGGACAAACUGCCGCCGGUGUCCGGAGGUAGCAGCCUCCUUCAGCCGGAGCCAGAGCACCGCCGCCGCCGAACACGCUCCGGGCUCCGACACGGGAGAGAAGCCCCGGCUGAGAGCGAUCGACCUGGCCCGCAAGGUCCAGCAGGAGAAGGCGAAGCCACCACCGGCGACAGAGCCUCCUGUGUCCGGGCAGCAGAAGAGGGUGACGGAGCUGAAGCGGUACAGUCUGCAGCUGCAAAAUGUUCAUCCAAACGUGCUGGCCAAACACCUCCACAGAAGCGUGCUGUACCAGGAUAAAGAUGUAGUGAUCACCAAUAAACCGUAUGGUGUUCCUGUCCGAGAUGACUCUGGGGCCACAUGCAUCGCCUCUGUGCUUCCUGUUCUCUCCAAAAUGUUGGAUGGGAUGAAGAUCAAGUCUGAUACUCAGCUGUUUCCCUCUCUCGGACUGGAGAAGGAAACAACAGGAGCUCUCCUGCUGGCCAGGGGGGAGGAAGUAGUGGAGCACAUACUCAACCUUAACAGAAAUAACCAAGUGGAGAGAAAGUACUGGGUCAUCACAGUUGGUGUUCCUGUGCCGUCUGAAGGAGUGAUCGACAUCCCCAUCAUAGAGAGAGCGGUCACAGGCUCUCAGCCACAUUUCAAGAUGGCUCUAAGUCCUCUUUUCAGAAUGAAUGACGCAGGCACCGGUGUGACCAAAGUCCGCGCCCAUCGACAGGCUCACCAAGCAGUGACCAAGUACAGAGUCUUGGACAGCAGCAGUGGUUGCAGCCUUGUGGAGCUCCAGCCUUUUACUGGAGCAAAGCACCAGAUGAGGGUUCACAUGGCAUUUGCUCUGUCAUGCUCCAUUCUUGGUGACCACAAAUAUUCACACUGGAGCAAACUGGCACCUCAGCAAUUACCGGAGCGUGUGCUGGGAAAGCUCGGACUGGAACAGAGCAAGAUUCGGCAUAUUCCUCUUCAUAUGCACGCUCGACAGCUGACGCUGUCGGGAACCAGAGCAGGCGACAUCAACGUAUCCUGUCCCCUGCCUAAAUUCUUCACACAAACACUGAAACGACUGCAAUUAACUCCUCCUGAUAAAAAGGAUGACAAAUAAUCGCCCCUUUGGCUUUUUAGGUGCAUCCUUGUUCUACUUAGGUUGUGAAGACUGAGAGAUGAUGUAAAUGAUCAGAAAGAUUGUGUGAAAAAUGACCGUACAGUGCUAUACAACUCAUUUUUAGUAAUAAACAAAUGAAGCA